UUCUUUACGUGGGAAAAAGGUUCGUUGAAAGUAUGUGUAAUAAGUCAUAAUGAAGCUUCCGAACAGACGUAAAGCAGAUUCCCCACUCCGCAGAGGUCCUGGUGCAGGCUUUGGGCUUCCGUCUCGCUGUGGGAUGAAUACUCUAUGCAGCAGGGACACAGCCUGAGAGUCAGGAGCUCUGAAGGGUCAGGAGCUCCUUCCCGCGAGACUGAGUUCCCUCCUGCCCACUCAGAGCUCUGCUCUGCUCAUUGUCCUGUCCUCCCCAGCUCAGCUGGUCAUGUGUCUACGGCUGUGCUUUCCCCGAAACUACCCAAAGCUGCCCCUGAUUUCUACAAGUCUCUUCUGAAUGGUUAGAGCUCAUUCAGCACCUGGAGUGAUCGCAGUCUCUGGCAGCAACGUGAGCCUUACCAUCUCUGAGCAACUGCCUAAUGACUACAGACAAUUCAGUUGGUAUUACACCACUACCCAGAAAAUUGUAGAAUGGGACUUGAGCAGCAUUACAUACUUUGAUUCUAAAUUUAAGGGCAGAGUCGUGCUUGAUCCUUCAGCUAGCACGCUGCACAUCUCUCAACUCCAAAAAGAGGAUAGCAGUGUAUACAUCCUGCAAGUGUUGCAUGAGUCUGGGAAAGAGGAGGAAUGGACAAUACCAUUGGAGGUGUUUGAUCCUGUACCCAAUCCUGUGAUAAAAAUUGAAAAGAAACACAAAGAGAAUAACAGUUGUUUCGUGAAUCUGUCAUGUGGGGUCUACGAUCAGUCUGUAAACUACACCUGGUAUAGAGACUCAGGACCCUUUCCAACGGAGCUCCAGAGUAGCGUGCUUGAAAUCGUCCUUACGCCAGAAAACAACUCCAAGUUUUUCACCUGCGAAAUCAGUAAUCCUGUGAGCAGGAAGAAUGACACAGUUUACUUCAUUUCACCCUGUACUCUGGCUCGAUCCUCUGGAGUAGCUUGGAUUGCAACUUGGCUAGAGGUCCUGAUGCCAGUUGUUCUUGGCAUCCUAUUUACCUGGGAUGAACUUUUAUAACUCAAGAGUGAAACUUCAAAGCCACAAGAUCUUGCCUUCAUCAGCAGCCGUGCUUAGGAGUGUUAACCCAGAAAGGAGCUCUGGCUACAUGGAAUGGAGGACAGUGUGUUGUUGAGGGGAAAGUGUGUUGUUGAGAAUCUGAGGAUUUUCAAUUACUAAUAUUUUAUGUUAUAUCCCCUAGUUGUUUCUCAACACACAAACACAGAGAUAGAGAGGUAGUGAUAAAAUUGUUCACAGUAUCAUCAAUUAGUUGUCUAUUCAUCACCACAAUCUUUGAACAUUUU